CAGUUGUGAUUUCUUUGGUGUGUUUUUCUUUACUCUACAUAUACAACCGUAGUUCUAUAUUUAGUAACUUACUAAUUUAACGUAUCAGGAUAAUUUACUGUCCGCACAGGCUGAAUCUCAAACGACUCCUGACUUCCUGUAAAACUGCACUACAUAGGGGAUGACGUAACGGUUUCUGCUUACUACGUAGUGCACUAUGUGUCCAACAGGAGCGCGUUUUAGGAUUGAGCCUAGAUUAACUAACCAUCAGAGCGACCGAGGAUACAACAGUAGGGUAAAUAAAAAGCUGUUCCUCCUUCUGCGGCUGUAAUUGUUGUUUCUUGUAGAAUCCAGCUCGACGCCAAGAACUGAAAAGGAGAUUAUAGUGGAUGUAUUGAGUUCCAAACUUUCAGAGAAACGUCCAGAAGGAGGAUUAUUAGUGCCAGUAAUAGCGGAGAGUUGCGACUUUUGCGAGAUCUCAGCUGUUCUGCUCUCACCAGCUUCCGGGUCGUGCAGUGAAGUUCAUCAUGUCUUCAUCUCUGCAUCUGCUGGUCUGAUUUCAUGGGGAGUUUAAGGAUCAUGAUGGCACCGAAGUUUCAGCUAUUGGCGCUGCUGGCCUUCGCAGUGGCCAUGCUCUUCCUGGAGAACCAGAUCCACCAACUGGAGGAAUCCAGAGGCAAACUGGAGCGCGCCAUCGCAAGGCUGGAAUUGCGCGACAUUGAGGAACGUCGCACUCAGGAGGGAGUGAGGGAAUCUCGCGAGGACGUAGAGAACGACGUAGUGGUCAUCUACAACCGAGUUCCCAAAACAGCCAGCACCUCCUUCACGAACCUCGCCUACGACCUGUGCAGCAGAAACCACUACCACGUCCUACACAUCAACACCAGCAAGAACAACCCCGUCAUGUCCCUGCAGGACCAGGUGCGCUUUGUGAAGAAUGUGACGAUGUGGAAGGAGAUGAAGCCGGCGCUCUACCACGGCCACGUCUCGUUCCUCGACUUCUCCAGAUUUGGCAUGAUGAAAAAACCCAUCUACAUCAACAUAGUGCGUGACCCCAUCGAGCGCCUGGUGUCUUAUUACUACUUCCUGCGAUUCGGGGACGAUUACAGACCCGGCCUGAAACGCAGGAAACAGGGGGACAAGAAGACAUUUGAUGAGUGUGUUGCUGCAGGAGGUUCAGACUGCGCUCCGGAAAAACUGUGGCUGCAGAUCCCCUUCUUCUGUGGUCAUUACUCCGAGUGCUGGAACAUCGGCAGCCGCUGGGCUCUGGAGCAGGCCAAGUAUAACCUGAUUAAUGAGUACCUGCUGGUGGGUGUGACCGAGGAGCUCGAGGACUUUGUGAUGAUGCUGGAGGCGGCGUUGCCUCGAUUCUUCAGAGGAGCCACUGAGCUCUACAGGACAGGAAAAAAAUCCCACCUGAGGAAAACCAGCGAGAAGAAGCCACCCACUAAGGAGUCCAUCGCUCGGCUGCAGCAGUCGGCCAUCUGGAAGCUGGAGAACGAGUUUUACGAGUUUGUGCUCGAGCAGUUCCAGUUCGUCCGUGCUCACGGCGUGAGGGAAAAGGAUGGCGAGCUGUAUCUCCUGCCGCAGAACUUCUUCUACGAGAAAAUCUACCCCAAGACCACCUGAGAGGGACGAGCGCACUGCUCUAGUGUCACUUACUGUCGUCAUAUUCACUGGACGGGGACGGUUUGGCUUUGAGAUCAGAAAAGUCUGAAACGUGGUGCAGCACGGCUGGAUUUGACUUUUUUGUUUUUUUUAUCUUUAUGUUCAUUCAGCUGACGCUUUUACACGUGAGACAAGGGGUGAGCUCAAGGCCCUACAGAGGCAGCAAGACUUUUCCAGAAUGCAUGUCGGACUUCUAAAUAAUAACCACAUGUCACGUGAGUGUGUACAAGUUAGAGCUGCAGUUUAAAGUGAUCUGAUUACAUUAACGGUGCAGAAACAUCGCUAAAUACAAACCGUCGUUAGUUAAUACAAAGGAAUUAAAUAGAAAGCAAAAAGGAAAAUAGAAAACUGUAGCUUUUACUCACCUUUAUUUUAUUUUUUUUUAAUUUAGAGGGGAAAAAAAAUCGUUUAAAAGAGCAAGUUGUGAUGUAUAGCGCCCUCUGCUGGAUGCAAAGCGUUAUAAGUAAGGAAUGAUAAAACACUUAAGGGGUGUGCUGUUACAGGAAAAUAAUCCACGGUCUGAUUCAGCGCGAUGUGAAGCGGACUUACUGCAAGCUGAUUACUUUUAUCAACGAAUGACACAUCAUACGUUUUUGUACGUUACAUUUAAAGUUGUAGAACAUCCGUAAAACGAGUUCCCGUUGUCACGUACGCUAUAGCAGCUGUAAACAGUCAUUCCGUCACCAGCAGCGUGAACUCCUCUGUCCCGAUGAUGUCAUGAAAACUCAGUUACAGCUUUACCUUUGACUCUAAUACUGGAGACUCCUUCCAUAAAUGUCCUUGUGAAUGAGUUGUUACUAUAGAAACGAUAGCUCAUUCGAGCGAGCGCAUUAAUAUAAACCCGUAGCUGAGAGUAAGAAUGCAAGCAGAACCCUGAGAGGAUGAAAUUAGCCCGGUGCGUUGGCAUGACAACGUCGCGAAUCGCACUUUUCCUAAUAUAUCUUUGAAACGAUGUCAUUCUUACAGGGCGUGAAGCGCUUUUAAACAUUACAAACUGCACCUUUCAGGCGUCAUACAGGAAUAUUGUCUAUUUGAGCUGUGAUGAUCGUCCGAUCCAAUUUGACGGUUCGUGGUGCGUCACUGUAUCUUUUCCUGACUUCUUGUUUUUUUUCUUCUUUUUUAAUGACAUUAAACGCUGUUUAGUUAUUCAGUUGUAGGACAUUUCAAGUGACAUGUUAAUUCUUUAAUUGUAUAAUAAUACUGUUAAUGGUAUAACUAUUUUAGGUUUGUUUUUUUUUUGUUUUUUUUAAUCACGGUAUAUCGUCACACCGAUGUAUUGUCACACCUCUAGCGGUGAACUCAGGGUUGGAUGAAAUACCUUUCUGCCAUCACAACCAUUUUUAAAAAGGUUUAACCUCAUGGAAUUCACGUUUAUAUUGUUGUCACGUGAAUGCUACAACUCGAUCACACCUGCAGUAGUCAGUAUCCUCUGUUUUACCGUUCUUAAAGACUGAAAACUAAAGAACUCUGUUCUAUAACGUACUUAUCCUGCGCCACUGGAUACUGAAUUCUCAGAAAUUAUUUUAUUUAGAGACAGCAUGUUUAUAACAUUUUCAUUUUCACUAUGGUAUCGAUGUUGUAGCGCUGAAUAUCGGACAAAACUUUAUACUGACCUGAUGCUGACUUUCUCACUGGAGCAAAUAUUCCUGAUGAAUAUUUUAUCGCUGAGGUGAUUACGGAGGUCAGGAGACCUCACGGUUAUCUUAAAUAUAUUAAAAUGUGUAAGAUGGACUGUGUUUUCUACAUGCACAGAUUCCAACAGUGAAAGUAAUCAGACAUAAAUGUUUAUACAGCUAUUAUUCUUUUAUUUAACAGACAUUAACCCAUGUCGUUCCUCAGAGAGAAAUUUCAUUUGGUUUACUAUAUUACAAUUGAGGUGUAUACUUGUAUUUUUUUUUAAUUCUGUUUGAGCUGUCAGUCUGAUUAUUCUCAGGUAAUUAGGCUGCAUGUAAACAUAGCCACGAAUGUUUUUCAGUCCCUCAGGAUUUUGCCAUCACAGAAAUUCAAGCAAACUCCACAAUUUUCAGAGGAGCUUGCAAUUUUUCAAAAUUACAGCACAUUUUCCACAGAUUUGGGCCGAGGGUACGAGUAUGAGUACAGCUAAAAGGCCUCUUUUACCAACAAACAUCACUGCGAAAGAGCGUGCAGAACGAUUUCAUGCAAUUGCGAUUUCACUGAUAAAGUAGCUUUACGCAAAAAAAAAAGCACAAAAAACUCCGCAAGUCGCAUCAAAAAUUUUGAAUAAACCCACAGCAAAAUCGAGCAUUUUUUGGCCGCAAUGAUCACAAAAAAACUCCACGAAAUCCUGUACGGGCCAAUUGUGGCGAAUUGAUUACAUUUAGGAUGAAGUGGAACGUUUGGGUAUUAAGAUAAAAAAUAAAAACCCAGAUUGAGAGUCUUGAAGAAAACUUCACACUUUUAUACAAUACUGAAAAAAUGUCAGUGGAUCAAAUCUGAUCUCAUUCAGCAUUUCAGGUCAUUGUUUGUCCAUAUCAGAUUGUUAUUGAUUUUUUUGGUUUAUUUUUUUCCUCCACUGUACUUUAUCAUGCUGGAUGGGGGAAUUUUUACCCCCCUGUUUUAUAUAUUAGCUUUUUCAUUGUGUGUGUGUGUGUGUGUGUGUGUGUGUGUGUUUGUGUGUGUGUGUCCUUGCACCAUGUGCAAAAGAAAUGUUCGAAAUAUAGGGCGUAUGUAAACUUGGGAUGUCUGAAGCAUUUCCUGGAAGUAAAGGCACACAGCACACAA